AACCGUUUGUUUCUUCAUUUUUAAAUAAUUGUUUGUUUGAUCAACAUAAAUUGAUUUUGUUUUUUGUUCCACUCUUUGUUUUAAAAAUUGUUAAAAUGUCUGGUCGAGGUGGAAAAGGUGCCAAAUCUUCUUUAACAUCAUCUCAAACUAAACAUUCAAGAUCAUCUAAAGCUGGUCUUCAAUUCCCGGUUGGACGUAUUCAUCGUCUGCUAAAGAAAGGGAAUUACAGUGAAAGAGUUGGUAAUGGAGCCGCCGUCUAUUUAACUGCCGUAUUGGAAUAUUUGACUGCUGAAAUCGUUGAAUUGGCUGGUAAUGCUGCUUCCGAUAACAAGAAAUUACGUAUUAUACCGAGACAUGUUCAACUUGCCAUUCGAAAUGACGAGGAGUUGAAUAGGUUGCUUGCUGGUGUUACCAUAGCUCAAGGUGGUGUUAUCCCCAACAUUCACGCUGUACUGUUACCCAAAGCCAAUAAAGGAAACAGUUCAUCUCAAUCGACUCUUCCAAUGGCAUCACAGGAAGUCUAAUUCAGAAUGAUGUAAUCAAGUUGUUACUUAAAACAUAAUUCUUAUUCGAACCUGUUAUAGCGUGUUUGUUUUUAAUAUUGAAUUAAUAUGUGAAUUGGUGUUCAUUCAUAUUUUAAAGUCCAAAAAAUUAUUUUCUCUCGUGAAUUUUUUAAUGACAGUUAAACUACAAUUUGAUGUAUUGUGAAGCUUUCAGUAUGAAUAAAAUAGUGCAUCAAUA